AUGUGCUUGUUGCCGUCGUUUAUUUUAGUGUUUCAAGCUCGCCUCUUUCGCCUUCGUAUCGGGAAAUGGAUUGAGGAAUGCAUCCCAACCUUCGUUCAAGCAGACCCAGUGGCGCGGCGGCUGUACUUUGUGAAGUUCGAGCGACACGUGGAAGGCAAAAUUUCCGAGGUUGACAUCCCGACCACGAUGGUCGGGCUCUUAGCCUGUCCCGCCUACCAGAGGGGUUACCACGUGGAGCUGGUCAUGCCCACGAUUCGAUGCCAGUGCGUAGGCGCAGAUAUUCCUCCGCCGUUCUUCGUCGAUGUCUCGCGUCUUCACUACUCCCCUCCCUACACAGCCAUCACCUUGCAGGAUUUGCAGCAUCUUCUGCCCUCCGAUGGGUCGGCUCGAUUUCAUCCUUCGUACAACGUAGCCACUCAGGAGGUCGCGUGGGCGUAUGAAGUUGGAACGCUGCCGGACGCGCCUCUUCCUGCAGAUUAUGUGGAUCCUAACUUCAUCAACAGAAAGGGGCAGAAGAUGGAUGUUGUUUUCCGGAGUCACUUCCCAAAUUGA